GUGGUCAUCAACAUCUCGGGGCUGCGCUUCGAGACCCAGCUGAAGACCCUGGCCCAGUUCCCUGACACGCUCCUCGGGAACCCCAAGAAGCGCAUGCGCUACUUCGACCCGCUGAGGAACGAGUACUUCUUCGACCGGAACCGGCCCAGCUUCGACGCCAUCCUGUACUACUACCAGUCGGGGGGCCGUCUGCGGAGGCCGGUCAACGUCCCGCUGGACAUGUUCUCCGAGGAGAUCAAGUUCUACGAGCUGGGCGCCGAGGCCAUGGAGAAGUUCCGUGAGGACGAGGGUUUCAUCCGGGAGGAGGAGCGGCCUCUGCCGGAGAAGGAGUUCCAGCGGCAGAUCUGGCUCCUGUUCGAGCACCCGGAGAGUUCGGGUCCUGCUCGAGGGAUCGCCAUCGUCUCGGUCAUGGUUAUUCUUAUUUCCAUCGUCAUCUUUUGUUUGGAGACGUUACCGGAGCUGAAGGAGGACCCCAACGACCGGAUGCGUGUGGUGGGGAACACCACGGUGUUUUACAAAGCCAACGUUCUGACGGAUCCGUUCUUCGUGGUGGAGACGCUCUGCAUCAUCUGGUUCUCCUUCGAGYUGAUCGUGCGCUUCUUCGCCUGCCCCAGCAAGGCGGCCUUCUUUAAGAACAUGAUGAACACCAUCGACAUCGUGGCCAUCAUCCCGUACUUCAUCACCCUCGGCACGGAGCUGGCCGACGACCAGGGGGGCAGGGAGGGCCGGGGAGGUGGGGAGCAGGCCACCUCCCUGGCGAUACUCAGGGUAAUCCGUCUGGUGAGGGUGUUCCGGAUCUUCAAACUGUCCCGGCACUCCAAAGGGCUCCAGAUCCUGGGGCAGACUCUGAAGGCCAGCAUGAGGGAGCUGGGGCUGCUCAUCUUCUUCCUCUUCAUCGGCGUCAUUUUGUUUUCCAGCGCCGUCUACUUCGCCGAAGCCGAGGAGAAGGAGUCGUUCUUCACCAGCAUCCCGGAUGCUUUCUGGUGGGCCGUGGUGUCCAUGACCACGGUGGGCUACGGGGACAUGUGUCCCGUCACCAUCGGGGGAAAGAUCGUGGGCUCGCUGUGCGCCAUCGCCGGGGUCCUGACCAUCGCGCUGCCGGUGCCGGUCAUCGUGUCCAACUUCAACUACUUCUACCACCGGGAGACGGAGGGCGAGGAGCAGGCGCAGCUGCUCAACAUCAGCAACCAGAACUUGGUGUCGGAGACCAACUCGAGCCGCCGCAGCUCCUCGGCGGUCAGCAAGUCGGARUACAUGGAGAUAGACGAGGACUUGAACAACAGCAUAGAUAACUUCAGGGAAGCCAACCUUCGAACUGCCAACUGCACGGCCCCGAGCCAGAACUGCGUGAACCGGGCCAAGCUGCUGACAGACGUGUGAAGCAGCUCCUGCUCCUGUAAAUAUGUAGAAAUCUGGAUGCUUUAUCUCCAUCAGUGCAUUUUAUUCCUCUUCUCUGCUUUCUUCUUCGAAAGACUUCCACGCACAAACAAAACCUUGUUUUGCAAAGAUGACCAGAUGUUGGCAGCUCAACGAAAAUUACCACAUUUUAUCAUUUCAACCCUCAAAUAAUCAGAUAUUUGAGAAAAAUCAAAGGAGUAGUUUACAUAUUUUAAAAGYUAAACCUUUCAGGUCUGUGUCAGGAGGUCCUGGUUUAGGAUUUAGCACAAAACCCCCAAACUAUUCUGACCAGGUCUGUUGAAAAUAUUCAAAUUUAACUUUACAUUCCAUCCAAUUAAGAGUGGGUUCAUCAGUUUAACUUCUGAAUUGUUUCAGUGCAGAGAUGGACUUCAGGGGCUUCGGGACCUGCUUUAGGACCUAGUAUCAGUUCUAGCAUCCCGGACAACCCCCCCAAUAAAACCAGGAUCCAGUUUGUAGAGUUUAUAAAAAUAUAAAGUCAAGACUUGAACCCUGAAAUGAUCCAACACAUUUCAUGUUACUGAAGAGGCACUCCACCAGUUUUACACCAAGUUCAGUUCUUUUGAUCCGGAGUUAAGCUUCAGAUCCAACAAGUUCUGGUUUUGGAAAUAGGACAAGUCCUGGUUUUUGUUCUGACCCACUUCUUAAUGAUCACAACAUAAUUCGUAAACCAGUAACUUUAUAGUUUAUUUGUCAGAUAUGUCAAAAAAGAAAAGGUUCUGGGUCCAGACACAUGUUCAGGGAUCCCGGACGACCCCCCCCCCCACACACACACACACAAAGUUAGAAUCCAGUUUAAUUCAACUCAACAAAACCUGGUUUAAAUCCAGAACGAACCCCAAUUCUGAAGUUUAGAAACUUUCUGUAACCUAAAACUUUGAAACUGUCAGAUGUUUGACAAACUUUUAAAAUUGUUGACAGAUUUAUUUAAAAGUUUUAAAAAGUUUUAUAAAAAUGUAAAAAAACGCAACGUUAAAGUUAAUCUCUAGCACCAA